GUUGUAAAAACACUAUGGAAAACAGUAUGCAGGUUCCUCAAAAAAUCAAAAAUAGAACUACCGUAUAUGAUCCAGCAAACCCACUUCUGGGUAUAUAUCUGAAGGUGAUGAAAUCACAAUAUCAAAGAGAUAUCUGUACCCACAUGUUUACUGCAGCAUUAUAGACAAUAACCAAAAUGUGGAAACAGCCUAAGUGUCCAGAGAUAGAUGAAUGGAUACAGAAAAUGUGGUAUACACAGACAAUGGAAUAUUAUCCAGUUAUGAGAAAGAAGGAAAUCUUGCCAUUUGUGACAACAUGGAUGGACUUUGAGGGCAUUAUGCUAAGUGAGAUAAGUCAGAUAGAGAAAGACACUGCACGAUCUCACUAAUGUGUAGAAUCUAAAAAAAGCCAAAAUGAAAGAAACAGAAUAGAAUAGUGGUUGCCAGGACUGGGGGUUGGAGGUAAUGGGAAGAUGUUGGUCAAAUGGUACGGACUUCCAGUUGUAAGAUAGGGGCACCUGGGUGGCUCAGUCAGUUGAGUGUCUGACUCUUGGUUUCUACUCAGGUCAUGAUCUCAUGGUUUGUGAGAUAAAGCCCUGAGUCAGGCUCUGCACUGACAGUGUGGGGCCUGCUUAGGAUUCUCUCUCUCCCUCUCUGUCACAUGAAGUCCCUCCCCUGCUCACAUGAACUCUCUCACUCUUUCUCUCAAAACAAAUAAAUAAACAAAAACAAAAUUAGAAAAAGAUAAAUAAGUUCUGGGGAUCUAAUGUGCAGUAUGGGGACUAUAACUAAUAUUGUAUUAUAUACUUGAAAGUUGUUAAUAAAGUGGAUCUUAAAUGUCCUUACAACAAAAAGAGAGGUAAUUAGGUGAUAUAAUGGAGGUGUUAACCAACAUUAUUGUGGUAAUCAUUUCACAAGUUAUCUGUGUAUCAAAUAAUCACAUUGCACACAUUAAAUGUACACAAUGUUAGUGUCAAUUAUAUUUCAGUAAAGCUGAGGGGAAAAAAAAGAAAAAACAAAGAUACAACCACUGCCUUAGUGGUUCUGGUCAAGACUCUCCCUUCAAAUCACAAAAGGAAUUCUUUAAGUUAAGUGAAAGGACUGUUUCACUGGCAAAAAUCCAAAUAGCUGACAAGAAUCUGGGGAAAAGGAGCACAUAUGAAAAAACCAAAACGUUAUUUCUCACCAUGUUAAAGCUGAAGCUCAGAGGGACAGGAAUCUUAUUAGUUCUUGCCGACUCUGGCCUUGGUAGAUUGAAUGUCCUGAAGGACAGAUUCCUUCAUUAGGAAGCUAAACACCCUGGCCCAGAUGACAGAGAAACUGAAGGUAAACCCAGGGGACAGUGAAACAUUUGCCAGCCCAGCUGCAGCCUCAUGUCAUGAAGUUAGCAACUAAAUGCCCGAUGCUUCAAUUCUGCCCUACAAAUCUCCCCUAGGAACUCUCAUGUGGCCCACUCUAGAGGGCAAUAUGCAAGGCAGGGAAUUCCAGGAAAGGCAGUUCAGCCUAGGUCAGGCGACUGCCUUACAAAGCCACUAGAGUGAGCUUUUGAUCAAGAUUUAACGAAUAAAUCUUGAAUAAAUGAAUGGAUGAAUAAUAGAUCAAUUUGAACAGGGAGAAUCCUCAGGCCAUAAUAUCUACAAACGGAUGAAAGGUCAAGCAGAGAAGGGAUAUUCUUUUAUAGAGAGGAGUAAGCAAAGUUCAUGGAGUGUUUUUCUGCAAGCAGAUGAUGGCUCAGGCUGAGGGUGGGUCAAAGUCCAGAUUCCUAUGUUAAGGGAAGAAGCUUAACUGAAGUUUAGUCAACUGUUCUGAAGGAUUAGUAGGGAUAAACAGUCAACCUAACCAUUUAUGAAGAGCAAACAGGGCAGAAGAAAAUCCAAUCUGGGGAAGAGGGAUGUAGAAGAGGCAGGACCAAUAUAGCUCAGAGAAUGUUUUACACUGAGUUCAGCCUAUUCUUUGUAGGGGCUGUUAAGAAGGGGUUACAUAUUGACUCAGCCUACAGGAAGAAGAGAAGUUUAACCAACAUUUGGCUUGUUUUGAUUUAUCAGUGGGGAUUCAGAAUUCAGCUAAUCCUUUACAGAGCAAAUACUGGGAAUUUGGAGGGUCAGUGUCUGGCUUUGUCAUAGGUAAACAAGUGGGGUAUCAAUCCAUGUUAUUAAAGCAGAUGGGAGGAAGGAAGAUUCCUUGCAGUUAGCCAUUCCAGGAACACAAAGUAGGUGGAAGGAUUUCUUCAGCUGUUGCUGUUUUCCAGUAUAACAAGGACUUGGGUAAAACUCCAUUUUGGUAAGGCCAAGAUGCACCACUUACAAGGCCCCCAAGUGCUACAGAUGCUAAAGAAAUCCUUGAGGAAGAGCCUCCCUGAGUCCUUAAAGGUUUAUACAACUGUCUUCCACAUGAACCAGGGAAACCCGUUCAAGUUAAAGGCCAUGGUGGACAAAUGGCCUGAUUUUACAACAGUGGUUAUCCGCCCUCAGGAGCAGGCUAAGGUACCUUCCAUGAUGUUCCCACUGCAAAGUGCCCAAAUGCUGCAGUCACUGGAGAGGUCCUUGAGGAAGAGCCUUCCUGAAUCCUUAAAGGUUUAUGGGACUGUCUUCCACAUGAACCAGGGAAACCCAUUCAAGCUGAAGGCUCUAGUGGACAAGUGGCCUGAUUUUAACACAGUGGUUAUCCGCCCUCAGGAGCAGGAGAUGACAGAUGAUCUUGAUCACUACACCAAUACUUACCAAAUCUACUCCAAGGACUUCAAGAACUGUCAGAAAUGUCUCGUCUCACCAGAAGUCAUCAACUGGAAACAGCAUUUGCAGAUCCAAAGUUCACAGCCCAGCCUGAAUGAGGUGAUACAAAAUCUUGCAGCUACUAAAUCCUUCCAAGUCAAGCAAACACAUUGCAUUCUCUAUAUGACGGCUGAGACGAUAAAGAAACUAGUUCCUUCCCUGCUGGAGGGAAAGAACUUAUCACCCAACAGUGGCAAACCCAAGGCCAUCUGCCAAGAGAUGUUUAAACCCUCCUCCCUGGAUGUUACCCACGCUGCCUUGGUGAAUAAAUUCUGGCAUUUUGGCGGCAAUGAGAGGAGCCAGAGAUUCAUCGAGCGCUGUAUCCAGAACUUCCCCACCUUCUGCCUGCUGGGGCCUGAGAGGACGCCUGUAUCCUGGAACCUGAUGGACCAGACAGGAGAGUUACGGAUGGCGGGUACCCUGCCUGAGUACCGGGCCCACGGCCUUAUCACCCAAGUCAUCUAUUCCCAUAGUCACUAUCUAAACAAACUUGGCUUCCCCAUAUAUUCUCACGUUGACAAGAGUAACAAAACUAUGCAGAAAGUUUGUAAGAAACUUGACCAUAUCACCAUACCCUGUGGCUGGAACCAGUGGCACUGUGUGCCCCUGUGAAGCAGCCCUGCACAGAAGACCAUGUCAGAUAGGCCUGGGAAGACAGAAAGAAUAAGUUAUAAUUGUAAUCAUCAGUAAAGGAAUGGCACUGUUUGGGCUCCAGGGAAGCAGUGUGAUUGGUCAGCAAGACCACCCCAGUCCCUGCACUCGAACUGCAGAUGGGAUUCCUUUAGAUUUAUCACUAUGAAGCAGCCCAGGUACUCCUUCAGUGGGCCCCACAGAAUUUAGCCUCCCAUACUUCUGGGAUCUCUGUGAUGCUCCUUCAUCAGCUACCUGGUGCCCCAAAUAGCUUCUCCUAGAACUCCUAGUACACGGAUUGGUAGAGCCCUGCCAAAUCUUCCAGGAAAGGGUAAUAUUUCCUGGGCAUUAUAACUUAUUCCUCUUUCUUUCUAUGGCCUUUUCCUUAGUACUCAGCAAGCAUAUUCUGCUCAUUAGGUCUGUAGAGAUUAUCUUUUCCUCUGAUUACUGCUUUAGAGGUACACUAAAUAUAUACAAGUACAUAGGAGAAAUUAGGUUAAACGUGAUACACAUGAUAUAGCAGAGAGGGUUAAUAAGACAAAGACUUAAUGUUAGCCUGUCUGUCCCCUCCUCACACUCACACCAGGGAAAAUGGUUCAAUAUUGUUUCUAAAAUUUUUUUCAUGUUUGUUUGUUCUUGAGAGAGACAGACAGAGCACAAGUGGGGAGGGGCAGAGAGAGAGACCUAGAAUCCGAAGCAGGAUCCAAGCUCUGAGAUGUCAGCACCAAGCCCAAUGCCGGGGCUCAAACCCACAAACUGUGAGAUCAUGACCUGAGCCAAAGUUGGAUGCUUAACCAACUGAGACACACAGGUGCCCUGGCUCAAUAUUGUUUCUAAAAGCAGACCUUCCUAAACCCACCUGAAACCCCAGACAAUAAAAAGAUUUUGUGUUUCACUGUA